UUUUCUCGAGAAUUUUCUCUCUCCUCUCUCUCUCUUUCUCUCUCUCCCUAUCUAUAUCUCUGGUUUGAAUUCUUCUUCUACUCGCUGACGCGCACUCGUGCCUACUUUCUUAUUUAUUGCAGUAAUAAUCAUAUCGUAUACUGUACACACGCACCUCACCCACCAAAAUUUUCAUCAUUUCACCCAACCAUUCUUCAGGGGAUGAUUUUCCCUGUAAUGCCUUUUUGAUCAAACCAUCAUUUCAGAGGGCUGCUGGUGGUUGGUUGUACAAGCAUGGCAUCAAGUAAUCCAUUCUUUGAUGAUAUACGGAGCAGAUCUAGUGUUGAUCCUCCUCAAACUGAAGAAUUGACAGAAAUUGGUGAAGUUAUAAAUGAGCCUCCACCGACUACUCUUAAGCCUAAUGGGACUGUUUCAAGCAGUGUUCGUGAGCUUUUAGAGUGCCCUGUGUGCUUGAAUGCUAUGUACCCUCCAAUCCACCAGUGUUCAAAUGGUCAUACUUUAUGCUCUGGUUGCAAACCCAGAGUCCAUGACCGUUGCCCUACUUGUCGGCAUGAGCUUGGCAACAUCAGAUGUCUGGCAUUGGAGAAGGUGGCUGCAUCUUUAGAACUUCCAUGUAAAUAUCAAGGUUUUGGGUGCAUGGGCAUAUACCCAUAUUACAGCAAGCUAAAACAUGAAUCUCAAUGUGCAUUUAGACCUUAUAACUGUCCAUAUGCUGGUUCAGAAUGUACUGUUUUGGGUGAUAUACCUUUCCUGGUGGCCCAUCUGAAAGAUGAUCAUAAAGUGGACAUGCACAAUGGUUGCACUUUUAAUCAUCGCUAUGUCAAAACAAAUCCACAAGAAGUUGAAAAUGCCACGUGGAUGCUAACGGUUUUCAGUUGCUUUGGCCAGUAUUUUUGUCUACAUUUUGAAGCUUUUCAGUUAGGAAUGGCUCCCGUCUACAUAGCAUUUUUGCGGUUUAUGGGGGACGAUAAUGAGGCAAAAAACUACACCUACAGUCUUGAGGUGGGUGGAAAUGGGAGGAAGAUGAUUUGGCAGGGGGUGCCUAGAAGCAUUAGAGACAACCACCGCAAGGUGCGUGACAGUUUUGAUGGUCUCAUCAUUCAAAGGAACAUGGCUCUGUUCUUUUCAGGGGGUGACCGGAAAGAGUUGAAACUACGAGUUACUGGGAGGAUUUGGAAAGAACAGUGACUGGAGAAGUCCUUUCUUCAGGUAGCCAAUUGUAUUAAACAGAAUAGUUUGUAGUGUACCAAUCUCUUAAUUCUUGUAAUGGUAUGAAUCUUCUGGUCAUGUAUUGCUUUUGUAAUUUAGAAGGCAACAUCUCUUUGCUUACCUUCACAUCAAAUACAUGAACAGGAAAGUGUACCUCGUAUCCAUUAUGAUAUUUUUGAAUAUAGAUGUAGAACCUUAGCUUGCUCCAGUAUUCUUUCUUCAAUGUGUCUAUGGAGCAAAUAUUGCACUCUCACCACAUGCUAAACUUAAGAGUUAUUUUUGCCUUCUGUUUCAUGCAUUGGACGGGACCAGGUACAACUGAAGACUUUCAUCUAUGUAAUUUUAGAAAGACAAAUAUGUUUUUUAGUCUUUAUAAAUAUGAUUAAAUUUUAUUUUAG